AUGAAAAGAUAUUCAGCUUUAACCAUCACAAGAAAAUUGUCAAGUGGUAAUUCUGAUAUCGAUAAAUUUCUCGAAGAAAUAAAAUUAAAUUCAAAAGAUAAUGAUAAAACUUUAAAAUGGAUUCCCUAUCAUGAAUUCAGUAAUUUAAAGGAAAUUGGCAAAGGUGGCUUUGGUAUUGUCUAUGAAGCGAUUUGGCACGAUGCUCCUGAACAGAAAAUCGAUUUAAUUUGGAAUAAAAAAAGAGUCGCCUUAAAGGUCUUAUUUAAUUUUAGAUUUAAUUCUAGUAAUGAUAACAGCUUGUCUGAUUUGUUUAAAAAAUUUCGCGAAAUGCAAAAAUUUCGUAGCCAAAUCGGUGAAGCUGAACUAGUAAGGUUAUCAACGUUGCAAAAUAAGUUUAUCAAAAAGAUUCAACAUCCAUCUGCUUUUUACACGAGUCGUUUACUUGAUUUCACAAAUCUUCCACAACCAAAAAAUGCAAUAAAAAACCAUUCAUUAAUUUUAGAGUCUGCAGAUAAAAAAUCCUUCGAUAUUGUACGAUCAUCAUCAAUAGAAAAUAAACAGCCGUUUAAUCUUGCAAAAUCAAAUGCAGAUUUUGGCCAAUUGGCUGCUCGUAGACGUACUCAGAGCAUCACUAGUAGUACUACCAAUGAUAAUAAUCGCAAUAACAACGAGAGAUUUAAACACUCGAGAAGUUCGAGUGUAAAAGCAAAACGUCUCAGUAGAACUUUUACCAAUGAAGAAAUUGCCGAAGAAAUGCGACAAUUAAAUAUGGUACCACCUUUAUCAGGUCAGUCAUAUG